AUGCUUCUCUCGAAGGUUUUACUUAUCCUCUUGUUAGCAUCCACUUUGCUGGACAUUCCUCUAUCCAGAGCAAUGAGUCAACCCGAGCACACUGAGCCCGUCAGCACCGCGACGGCCGACAUGCCGUUGCCUACCGCCUAUGAAUUUCUCGUCAUGGGAAACAACGACUGCAUGGGCGCAGCAGAUGACCUGUAUCCUAUGACUGCUGAGUUGGCUCGCUCCCGGCUUACCAGGACUUCUUCGGAAGAAGCUCCUGUUUCCGCGAAGCCGGUCAACGCUAGCACGGCGAACCAGAGGCUUCCCAAUGACGACCUGGAGGCUGACCCCAUGCCGCGCCCGAACCCGUUCACCGAAGACUUUGGUGCUUACCAGCCGUCCAUGAUGGAACAGAUGAUGAAUGACUACAACCGAGACAACGGCGGAAAUCAGAUCCCGCCAUUCGUCGUCUGCACUUCUCUCAACGGACGACCCCGCGUCUACUCUCGUUGGGACAUCUGGUUGGCGAUCCAAGCUGCCGUGCACGAUCUGUCUCCCGACGUGCGGUCCGGCGACCGAUCUCUCGGUGCCGCUUGGCCUCGCCGCCUAGGCUUCCAGCGUCCUGACAAUUCCAGCGGCGGCGCCGUUGGUUCCAUCAUGGAGUAUCCAAUCGGCAUACACGAGUACGAUCUACCUUUGACCUCCCUCACCGGCGAAACCACCCUCAUGCGCGACCGUGUGACCUUCACCCCGGACGGGGUGUACACGGGCGUGAUCCGGUACACCAACGAGACGACCUGGCACCGGUGCUACCCGCACGGCUGGCACUCGUUCCAGCGCGGCCGUGCCGCGACCCGCUCCCUCGUCGGCCUCGGCGUCCGCCACGUCCGCGGCCUCUGGAACCGGUGGCUCGGAUACCCGCACGACGGAUACGAGCGCGUGGAGGACUAG